AUGACCAGUACCGAGUCCUCACUGUUCACACCCUUAGGCCCCCACUCAGAUCCUGACGACAGUGAGUUGGAGCUGGACUGCCGGUUUAAUGAGGAGUUCAAGUUUAUCCUGCUGCCCGUGAGCUAUGCAGUUGUGUUUGCGCUGGGCCUAGGCCUCAAUGCCCUGACCAUCUGGCUCUUCCUUUUUUGCCUCCGACCGUGGGACGCGACAGCCACCUACAUGUUCCACUUAGCUUUGUCAGAUACUUUGUACGUCCUGUCGCUGCCCACCCUCGUCUACUAUUAUGUAGCCCGCAACCAUUGGCCCUUUGGCACUGGGCUCUGCAAGUUCAUCCGCUUUCUCUUCUAUUGGAACCUCUACUGCAGUGUCCUUUUCCUCACCUGCAUCAGCAUACACCGCUACCUGGGCAUCUGCCACCCGCUGCGGGCGCUGCGCUGGGGCUGCCCGCGCCUUGCUGGCCUUCUCUGCCUGGCAGUUUGGUUGGUCGUAGCUGGCUGCCUCGUGCCCAACAUGUUCUUUGUCACCACCAGCCCUAAGGGGGACAUCAUCUUGUGCCACGACACCACCCGGCCUGAGGAGUUUGACCACUACGUGCACUUCAGUUCGGCAGUCAUGGGGCUGCUCUUUGACGUGCCCUGCCUGGUCACUCUUGUCUGCUAUGGGCUCAUGGCCCAGCGCCUGUAACGGCCCUUGCCAGGGGCUGCCCAGUCAUCUUCCCGUCUGUGCUCGCUGCGCACCAUCGCUGUGGUAUUGACUGUCUUUGCUGUCUGCUUCGUGCCUUUCCACAUCACCCGCACCGUUUAUUAUGCAAGGCUGUUGAAAGCUGACUGCUGGGUGCUGAACCUCAUCAACAUGGUCUAUAAAGUGACUCGGCCUCUGGCCAGUGCCAAUAGCUGCCUGGAUCCUGUGCUCUAUUUGCUCACUGGGGACAAGUAUUGACGUCAGCUCCGGCAGCUCUGCAGGGGUGGCAGGCCCCGGCUCCCCACAGCUGCCUCCUCUCUGGCACUGGUGUCCCUGCCUGAGGACAGCAGCUGCAGGUGGACAGCCACCCCCCAGGAUGGCGGCUUGGGCAGAUAGAUUGUAACGGAAGCCGGGAAGUGAAGGAAAGGGGGUGAGUGCAGGGCAGAGGGGAGGGAACCUUAUAGUGACACCCUAUCUGGCUGCUUUCUCCUCUUUUCUGAGCUCUGGAGAGAGGCCCUCACCCUGAGGUUUAGGAGGAGCCAGAGAAAUCACGUGUGACCCCAUCUCUCCUAAAUCCUUCAGUUGCCCUCUCCUUUUUAGCCAAAGACACUAGCAGCCACUCUUCGUCCUCGACUUCUUUCUCUUUGUUUCUGUCCCCUUCCUGGGGCCACUGGUCCUGUUUCUUGGUCCUACAAGGCUGCUGGAAAUCUUCCCCAGCCCUCCUUCUCCUGCCCUCUCCCCCCAUAUCCUUGUAUAGCAUGCAUUCCUUCAGCCAGACCAGAGCAUUUAACUGGAGGGGUGAAGAAGCUGGGGUGAUCUCAGUAUUGGCCUGACUCAUCUGACAGUGAUAGCCAGAAUCAGGAAGUGGGGGCACCAGCAUAUCACAAAUGCCUGGGAAGUGACAUAUGUAGUGCCCACACCCACUCCCUGGUUUCCCCUGGAAGACAGGAUAGUCUUGUCUACUGAGGCGCUGAACUAGGGCACCGUCCCAGAGAGCCUGCCUGACAGGGUCCCCAUGUGCAGCUAGAGGCAUGGCCCUGUUGAAUGGUGGGUAGCCAUGAGGUAGAGAGGGAGUCCUGAGUCUUCCCAUGGGGUGAGGACCUUGAGGAGCCUCAGGGGGCAGGACCCAAGCUGAUAAUGGCCUUUGGAACAGGAAUGGGACUGGCCCUUCUUUAUGAGGUUUGCUGAGAACAUAUUUGACAGCUCUCCUGUACUUAAUGAAAGGCAGAGUGGAUGGCUCAGAACGCAAGGGAGGAGCUCUCGUGUCUAUGGCAUAAGUUCCAGCACCAAAGGGUGGAGAAGGUUUGUGCAGAGAUUGGGGUGGUGACAGGGACUGAGGCCCAGAGCUGACUCUCCACUGGUCUCUCCCCUUUCUCUAGCUCCUGCCCUAGAUAAAGAUAAAUCUCUCACCAGCUCUUUCAGAUCAGGUUUUAGGACUUCGAGGACAGGACAAGGCGCUGGGACUAGGACAGCUCCCCUCAGAGUUUCCCAUCCAGUCACUCCUCUCCAGCACUAUCUUAGUGCUUACAGACUUCCAGGAGUGGGGGUGGGGUGUGGAAUUUGGGGAGCUAACUCCCAAGCCUUGGGAAGUAAGAGUUUCUGGGAAGGCAUUCGUGAGAAGGGUAGGCUUACACUUCCAGGCACCCUCUCUAAAAUUGCCUUGCAGUCCUUUGGUCUCUUGAGUCCCCAGCCUUCCUUUCCUUUUGCCCCACUCUUGCUGACCUAGCUCUGAUCCCUUGCUUGUCUCCUGGCUUCUAAGGGGUCUCUCUGGAGAGUAAAGUUAGGGCUGGUCUGCAGAAAAAAAAAAUGAUUUCACUGCCCCUGAGUCCCCCUUUGCAUUCUUGUAAGUGCUCCCUCUUCCUCUCUAGACAUCAAGGACCCCUUCUGCUAGGAGUUAAUGAACUGGCCUUCUUCUUACUAGCCUCCCAGUCUCAUGGCCACUGCCUAGACUGUUUCAUAUGCUGUUCCUCAUCGGCACUCGCUCCCUUUUAUUCUGAUGACCACAGUCUCCUCACCUAUCACCUCUCCUAUCCACCAGCCCCACCUAACAAAGUUGCUCUCUUCAUCACAGCUGACCCAGGCUCUUCCAUUUCUCCAGUCCAUUGAAGUCCCCUAUGCUUAACUGAGACUAACUGCCCAGACUUUGUGGUCUGCUACUUUUGGGCCACCUUCCUUCACACUCUAAUUUUAAACACCUUGACUUUCACCUUGGGACAGUCUUCUCUCUCCUAGGACUAGAGGGGAUUGCACGUGAAGUCAGAGCCCAAGGCUGGCUUGACCCACUGAAACUUGAUGUGUUAGAACUUCAUCUAAGCCCCCAUUCCCCUUAGCCUGCUGAGUUCCUAGUGAACAUUCCAGAGCAACUCUUUCCUGUAUUUUCUACCUUCUCAAGACCCCAACUUCAUCCUCCCCUAUGACCUCUUAAGAGUUACCUUGCCUCCUAUUUGUAGUAUUUUAAGGAACCUCCAUACUCUUUUCCAUAGUGGCUGUAUCAAUUUACAU